AAAUUUCCUCUUCACAAACCUCAUUUCCUGAUCAUUCCUCCUCUUUUUCCAUCUUUCAUUCUCUCUCUUUUAAAUAAUAAAAAAAAACAACACUUCUUCUUCAUCGUCAAAUGGCAACUACUACAAUGGCAACAAUGGCAGUACUCAACACAAAAUGUUUAACCCUCAACACCAACAAAACAACAAGUCCAUCAUCAAUAAAGCCCACCAUUCCUAAGCCCAUCUCACUCUUAUCAAUCCAAAACCUUCCAAAGGGCCUAACAUCUUCCAGCCCAAGCCCAAUAAUCGCCGCACCAGCACUUGCCGGAGCCAUCUUCGCCACCUUGGGCUCAGUGGAUCCAGCCUUAGCGGCCCAACAACUAGCUGACAUAGCUGAAGGUAGUGACAACCGUGGGCUGGCCCUUUUACUGCCCAUUAUCCCAGCCAUUGGAUGGGUCCUAUUUAACAUCUUACAACCAGCAUUAAACCAGAUUAAUAAGAUGAGGAAUGAAAAGGCCGUUAUUGUUGGAGCUGGGCUUAGUGGGCUUACUUCUGCUGGGCUUUUGUUUUAUACUCCUGAGGCCCAAGCUGCUAGUGAAGAGAUUGCUAAGAUUGCUGAAAAUGCAGGAGGAAGUGAUAACAGAGGGACACUUUUGUUGUUUGUUGUGUUGCCUGCGAUUGGUUGGGUGCUUUUCAACAUUUUGCAGCCUGCUUUGAACCAACUUAACAGGAUGAGGUCUCAAUAAAAUUCAAGUUGGUAAUUACUAUAUAUUUAUAAGCCCAAACUGUUAUUAUUAUAUUUUUCGGUAAUUGUGCUGGGAAAUCAUUGUAAUAUUCUGUUUAUUUUCUGGCACUAUUAUGUUAAUUAACCCUUUUUGCCUUUA